GUUGUUGUAUUUGAAGUCUUGCUCCCAUAGUGACUGUCUCAGGCUUACCUGUGUUAUUGUUUUGUUUUUUUUCCUUAUUUUUUAUGAACUGGCUUCUCAAUGGAUUGGAUGAUCAAUAGAUAAUAGCAAAGCAGGGAAGAGGAGAUGAAAGAGGAGUCAUUAGGAUUAAUUAUUGGGGUUUCCAUUGGUGUGGUUAUUGGAAUUGUUCUGGCAAUUUUUGCAUUCAUCUGCCAUAGGUACCAUAGGAAGCGUUCACAGAUAGGCAAUAGCAGUUCUAGAAGGGCUGCUACCUUACCCAUUCGAACAAAUGGUGCUGAUUCUUGUACUAUUCUAUCAGACUCAACCAUAGGUCCAGAAUCACCCAUAAAGUCAGGGAGGAAUGGCAUGCCCUUUUGGCUUGAUGGGUUUAAGAAGAGUAGCAUGAUCCCAGCAUCUGGACUACCAGAAUAUGCAUACAAGGAUUUGCAGAAGGCAACACAUAAUUUUACCACAAUCAUAGGACAAGGUGCAUUUGGUCCUGUUUAUAAAGCUCAGAUGUCUACUGGUGAGACUGUUGCAGUAAAGGUUCUUGCAACUAAUUCUAAGCAAGGGGAAAAAGAAUUUCACACAGAGGUUAUGUUGUUGGGUAGGUUACACCAUAGAAAUCUGGUGAAUUUAGUUGGAUAUUGUGCAGAAAAGGGGCAACAUAUGCUUGUAUAUGUCUACAUGAGCAAGGGUAGCUUGGCUUCCCACUUGUAUAGUGCUGUGAAUGAAGCACUGUCCUGGAAUUUGAGGGUUCACGUAGCCUUAGAUGUAGCAAGAGGCUUGGAGUACCUUCAUGAUGGGGCAGUUCCUCCUGUUAUCCAUAGAGAUAUCAAAUCUUCCAAUAUUCUGUUGGACCAAUCUAUGCGAGCCAGGGUUGCUGAUUUUGGACUUUCAAGAGAGGAGAUGGUGGAUAAACAUGCAGCUAUUCGAGGUACAUUUGGUUAUCUUGAUCCAGAGUAUGUAUCUUCAGGGACGUUCACAAAGAAAAGUGAUGUAUACAGUUUUGGGGUGUUGCUCUUUGAAAUUAUAGCUGGCAGAAACCCCCAGCAGGGUCUUAUGGAAUACGUUGAGCUUGCCGCAAUGAAUAUCGAUGGAAAAGAUGGGUGGGAGGAAAUUGUGGAUUCUCGCCUUGAUGGAAACUUUGAUGUAAAAGAACUCAAUGAAGUGGCAUCCCUUGCCUACAAAUGCAUCAAUCAUGCCCCAAGAAAACGCCCUUCUAUGAGGGACAUAGUUCAAGUGUUAACAAGGAUCCUUAAGUCAAGUCACCAUGGAAAUCAUCACAAGAACUCCUUAUCAGCUUUAACAGAUGAAGUUUACAUUGAUGCUGAUCAGCCAGAGACCAAGAUUUCUGCUACUGACCAUAGAAGAGAAGAAUCUAUGGAUAAUACAUUUAACAUUUAUGAUCUUUGA